UAUGUUGCCCAGGCUGGUCUCAAACUCCUGGCCUCAAGCGAUCCUCCUGCCUCGGCCUCCGAAAGCGCUGGGAUUACAGGCAUGAGCCACCACGUAGAGCCUGUUGAUUAAUUUGAAAAUGCCCGGCCCCAGACUGGGGGUCCUGAUCCAGUAGCCUUGGAGUGGGCCCCAGGAAGGGCCGCGGUGUGAACUGCAUCUCAGAGCUACGGCGCUCCGAGAGGGCAGCGACUCGCCAGAGUCGGUCAACCAGGCCUCGCCUAAAGGCGGAGAAGCCAAGAGUGCCCGGGAGCGCCUGGCGAAGCUUCCUAGCUCCCAGCUUUGCACGGGUGGCAGCGGCGUCCGCGUUUCCCGGGCGACAAUGGUGGCGCGGCUCGAUGAUGUCAGGGCGCCCGCGGCUCCGGCCCCGCCCAUGGGACGGACGGAGGCCGAGAGGCGUUGCGGGAGAGCAGUGGGGCCAGGCAGGAGACAGCUGCGCUGUGCGGGCAGCUAGUCCUAGUCCUCCGAGUCGGUCGCGGGCCGACAGGCAUCCCCUGAGCGCCUGCUGCGUGAGUUGGACGGUGCAGAGCAGCGGGGACUGGCGAGCCCGAAGGCUCUCAUCACGCGAUGGCGUCCACUGUGGAAGGAGGCGACACAGCUCUGCUCCCAGAAUUCCCCAGGGGGCCCCUCGACACCUACCGAGCAAGAGCGUCCUUCAGCUGGAAGGAGCUGGCGCUGUUCACGGAAGGGAAGGACAUGCUUCGCUUUAAGAAAACCAUCUUCUCAGCUCUCGAGAACGACCCUCUUUUCGCCCGUUCCCCUGGAGCCGAUCUGUCCUUGGAGAAGUAUCGCGAGCUGAACUUCCUUCGAUGCAAGAGGAUCUUCGAGUAUGACUUCCUCAGUGUUGAAGACAUGUUCAAGAGCCCUCUGAAGGUCCCCGCCUUGAUUCAGUGCCUGGGGAUGUAUGACUCUUCUCUGGCUGCCAAAUACCUCCUCCACAGCUUGGUUUUUGGAUCAGCAGUUUAUAGUUCUGGUUCUGAAAGACAUCUCACAUAUAUUCAAAAGAUCUUCAGGAUGGAGAUUUUUGGAUGUUUUGCUCUGACCGAAUUAAGCCACGGCAGUAAUACCAAGGCCAUUCGCACGACUGCCCACUACGAUCCUGCCACUGAGGAAUUCAUCAUACAUUCCCCUGAUUUCGAAGCUGCCAAGUUUUGGGUUGGCAACAUGGGCAAGACAGCCACUCACGCGGUGGUGUUUGCUAAGCUACACGUGCCGGGGGACCAGUGCCAUGGGCUGCAUCCCUUUAUUGUGCAGAUCCGGGACCCAAAGACCCUUCUUCCCAUGCCUGGAGUGAUGGUUGGCGACAUAGGGAAAAAACUCGGGCAGAACGGUCUGGAUAACGGUUUCGCCAUGUUCCACAAGGUCAGAGUUCCUCGCCAGAGCCUCCUGAACCGGAUGGGAGACGUCACCCCCGAGGGCACCUACGUCAGCCCCUUUAAGGACGUCAGGCAGCGCUUUGGAGCGUCCCUGGGGAGCCUGUCCUCGGGCCGGGUGUCCAUCGUGAGCCUGGCCGUCCUUAACCUAAAGCUGGCCGUGGCCAUCGCUCUUCGCUUCUCAGCCACUCGGCGUCAGUUUGGACCCACAGAGGAGGAGGAAAUACCAGUGCUUGAGUAUCCAAUGCAGCAAUGGCGCUUGCUUCCAUAUCUGGCAGCUGUCUACGCCUUAGACCACUUCUCCAAGUCGCUCUUCCUGGACCUGGUGGAGCUCCAGCGAGGGCUUGCAUUGGGAGACCGCAGCGCCAGACAGGCAGAGCUCGGACGUGAGAUCCACGCUCUGGCAUCGGCCGGCAAGCCCCUGGCCUCGUGGACCACCCAGCAAGGAAUUCAGGAAUGCCGGGAGGCAUGUGGAGGACACGGCUAUCUGGCCAUGAACCGGUUGGGUGUCCUUAGAGAUGACAACGAUCCCAACUGCACAUACGAAGGUGACAACAACAUCCUGCUGCAGCAGACAAGCAACUAUUUGCUGGGCCUCCUGGCACACCAGGUCCAGGAUGGAGCUUGCUUCCACAGUCCACUGAAGUCAGUGGACUUUCUGGACGCCUAUCCCGGCAUCCUUGACCAGAAGUUUGAGGUCUCCAGUGUUGCCGACUGCUUGGACUCUGCAGUCGCCCUGGCAGCAUACAAGUGGCUGGUUUGCUACCUGCUCCGAGAGACUUAUCAAAAAUUAAACCAAGAGAAAAGAUCAGGAAGCAGUGACUUUGAAGCAAGGAACAAAUGCCAGGUGUCCCACGGCCGUCCGUUGGCGCUGGUCUUCGUGGAGCUCACUGUGGUCCAGAGGUUCCACGAGCACGUGCACCAGCCCUGCGUGCCGCCCUUGCUGCGGGCCGUGCUGGGGCGGCUCAGUGCUCUGUACGCCCUGUGGUCCCUGAGCCGCCACGCGGCCCUGCUCUACCGAGGAGGAUACUUCUCCGGUGAGCAGGCGGGAGAAGUGUUGGAGAGCGCCGUCCUGGCCUUGUGUUCCCAGCUGAAAGACGACGCAGUUGCCCUGGUAGACGUGAUCGCUCCUCCUGACUUUGUUCUGGACUCACCGAUUGGCAGAGCUGACGGCGAGCUCUACAAAAACCUCUGGGGCGCUGUCCUGCAGGAAAGCAAGGUGUUGGAGCGGGCGUCCUGGUGGCCAGAGUUUUCUGUGAACAAACCUGUCAUAGGAGGUCUGAAAUCGAAGCUGUAGUGGGAUCAGCACACAUGCAGCCAAAUCUAAUGAAAUGAAGGGAACUAAUCAGACGUGGACCUCAACUUCUGAUUCCAGAACACGCCGGAGAUUGCUGCUGCCUUCGGAGCCCGCACCUCUGCGCCUAAACUGCUGAUUGACCUCACCGCCCAGGCGGACGGGAGGGAGGCGCCCGGCUGGCUGGGCUAAUUUGGGAUGGUGGUGAUUUGCAGUGUGGAAAUGAAAUGCAGAUGAUCAUGUCUACCUGA